GAGCAAAUUAAUAAAUUUACAAAAUAAAAUAAACAAGUAAGAAUGAAACGGAAAACAAGCGAGAUUUGGUGCUUUUUCCGAGCGAUCGACGACACUUUUGCUCUGUGUAACAUCUGCAAAGCAAAGCUCUCUUAUAAAACUACAACUACGAAUCUAAGCAAACAUAUGAAUAGAAUGCAUCCGAAUUCGACGCUGUCGCAGAGCCAAAAAUAUAAAUAUCAAACACAGUCAAGUCUAAUUGAUCGGAAUAAGGGAAAGCCACGAAACCCAGCCCAGGAAGUAGUCUUGCUGGACUUCGUGAAGAAGCAUCCUCGAUUGCUACAAGUUCCUUCUUGGGAAACACGUAAUUCCGCGGAAUCAUUAUGGGUGCAACUGACAUCAGAGUUGAACAGAAAUGGCCCGCCACGAAAAGAUGUGGUUACAUGGAAGAAGGCGUUGAAAGACUGGAAAAGGUUCAUACUUAAAAAAGUGGAGAAAAAUGAAAUGCUUAAUUUGCCGUUUGAGACGAGCCUGAGUCCGUCUGAGGAAACAAUAGCAGCCCUAUGUCGUAUACACGAUGAUGUUAGUCAAUUGAUUUUGAAAGAAGAUGAUGGCAUGCACGACAACUCAAAUGCCGAAUAUGAGGUGGAAGAUGUGGUGCCAGAGGAGGAUGAUCCUAGCGCCUUGCAAGGUGCUGCCGAAUUUAUCUAUGAGCCAGAGGAUUGCAAGGUUGAUAUAGACCCGCUGUACCUGCAAGCAGGCAAAAAGGCAGUAUUAGCAGGAAGAACCACAGAGGAGGAUAGCUUGCUGGAAAAAUUAAGCAACAACAUUGGUUUGGUCAACGACGCCACCAACAGUGUCCACAUGGCGCUCAAUGAGUUUUGCGUUAUGUUAAAGCAAAAAUUGCUUGAAGACAAGCGUCACCACUUAGCCAUGGAACAGUUGACGGCGGAGAAAAUUGAGUUGAAAAAAAAGCUUUUAGAAAUUGAGCAGAAGAAACUGUCACUAAAAUGACUGGACUUGCAAUAAAUUGGUAAAGGAAUGUAUAAAUA